GUGGCCAUGCGCUCUAGACUCCGCGAGGCUAUAAAUUGGAGGCUGCGAGUACUUGUGCUUCUCCAUUGUUCGUGCCCCGCCAGUUCCUCUCUCUUAUGGUUGCCAUGCUUUGGCUGUGCUCCCGAUCAGUUCAGCGGCAGCGAGUGGGUGAGAGUGUGAGUGAGUGAGUGAGUGAGUGCGUUGAGUCGGAAGAGGAGGAGGAAGAGGAGGAGGAAGAGGAGGAGGAAGAGGAGAGGUGUUGGGAGAUUGGUGUUGGGAGGAUUGUCAGGCUGGGGAAGGUUUGGGAGGCGAGAGGAGAAUUGAGCUGCGAGGAGGACGAGGUGGGAGCCGUGCGGACGAAGAAGGAUGGGGUGGGUGGACUUGGACUUGAAUCUCCCUCCACCCCCGCCUGACCCUGACGGGUGCGAGGGCUUGCCGUCUCCUACACCGCAGCGGGAGCGAGUCUUUCUCGGGGGUGGUUCCGGGGUGGGGCAGGUCGGGCGUGAGGAGAAGGAAAGGGAGAGGGAGGGGCAGAUUCUAUUUGACGCGGUUGAUGCUCUUACUGCUGGGGAAACCCUUAGGGUUUUUAAUGGAGAGGCGGGGAAAGACGAGGUAGAGAAGAAAGGUGCGGGAGAAGAAGAGUUGAAAGUGGGGUUGGCGAUGAGUAACGAGCAUGGGCAGAUUUUGGAGAGAUUGGAUGUUCCGAAUGCGGUCCUUGUAGGUGCAGAUGUGGAUGUGCCGAACUCGACGUCGUUGCGUGAGAAUAAUGGGACCGACGGAAAGGCUGAAAUGAGGCUUGAUAGCGACGAUGACGAUGAUGAUGUAGUUUCUAGGGUACGCGUUAGAAUUGAGGUUGAUGCAGGGUUGGACGCGGGUGGAGCUGCUACGGAGCCUGAGAGCACUUCUGGUGGAGUAGAGGAUAGUGUUGAGCAGCCUGUUGAUCAGAAACCCGUUCGUAAGCGGCUGAGGACCUUGGGACAGCUGAGAAACCAAAAGAUCGAGAAAAGCACUCCUGCAUCGAGCCCUCUCUGGGAUGAUGAGAAAACGGGUUCUAGCUCCGUCCCUGCAACAGUCACACCUCAGUCUCAAGCCUCUAAUCUCUCGAAAGUGGAAGGGGUGGAUGGUGGUGAUGGAGAGACUGCGGCUGACGGAAUGAAUUUGAGACGUAAGUAUCCCUCAGAGACAAAAUUGGAAGAGCUUGGCAGUGUUUCGGCAGCUGUUGUGCUUUCUAAUCACGUUUCAACGGAAAACCUUAGUCAUCAAGAUGGAAAGAUGCAGGUGGAUGGUGAGGAAGCCUCUUCAGGGUCGAAGAAGAAGGCCGCUGGUGUGAAGGAUGCAAUUUCUGACAAACGUCGGCGGUCCAUAGUGGUGUUGGAUGGAGAAGCCCCGACGAAGAGGCCCCGACUACCCAGACAUCCUUUGAAGAAAACUAGGUCAUUCGGAGGGGUCAUUAUUGGAGAAAAAUUAGAAGAAGCCGGUAAAUCUUCUGCCAAAGCCUCAAACACAGAGUCUCCUCAGAGCAGCGAGUCUGGCAAAAUUUCCAACAAAUCGGAGAACGGGAAAGAAGUUGGGUCUUCUUUGGAAACUUCUGGUUCGGCUACAAAGGAGUUGAAGACACAUGUAUUGAAGGAAGAUACGAGUGCUGAUGACACCAACGGAGAUAUCGAGAUGCCGCAGCAAGUUGACAAGGAGUCUGAGGUAGGUGAGGGUAGCUUAGCGUCUGAAGAAAAGCAGGGGGAUAAGCCUCGCGACUCAAGUCUCAGCGUGACUGUACCUCGCAGGCCUCGGAAAAUGAAGGAGAUGCCUGUUCCUGCUUCUCGUGCGCCACGGAGUACAAGGCCUCCUCUAGCUGUGAAGCCCACUGAAUUUAUUAGGCCAACUGUAAAGAAACCGUCGACCGCAGCUCCUCUGCGUAGGCUUCCUUCAACUGGUGGUAAUAGUUCCCGAACUGAUUCGAGACCAGCUUUUCAGGACACUACCAUUGAGAGGCUUCAGCGAGAGGCGACCUGUGGCAAAUUGUGGCAAUCUCCAGGUGACGCCGACUUGCAGAAAGUUCCCGGCAAUUUUUCAUCCGUGGAAGAUUAUGCUAAAGUAUUUGAACCUCUACUCUUUGAAGAGUGCCGAGCGCAGCUGCACAAUGCUUGGGAAGAACUACUAGAAGGAACAACUGGUGAUCCUCACGCAGCUGUCACGAUAAAAAUGUGUGAACGACGCGAACGAGGGUGGUGGGAUGUAACAUUGAUGCCCAUGGAUCGCAACCGAGAACUUCGUUUCAAGGAAGGUGAUGUUGCUGUUCUUUCUACGCCGAAACCUGGUUCUGGCAUUAAAAGAAAAGGUCGUUUGAAGGAUAGCAAAUCAGAGAGCGCAGAGGAAGGGCAGAUAGCAGGUCGUGUGGCAGGUAUUGUGCGGCGCUACAUACCAAUUGAUGUUCGAGAUCCACCUGGUGCUGUCCUUCGAUUUCACAUUUCUCAAGAAGACAUGAAUAAAGAGGGAAAUGGUGAAGCUGACAGUAUCACAAAUCCCGUCCACACUCUACAACAAAUCCAGCAGGCAGGAGCUUCUUGGUUUUUGACAGUGAUAGGGGGAUUUACUACAACUCAGCGUGAGUAUUCAGCUUUACAUCAGAUGCCGAAUUUUCGCCCACAGAUGAUGAAUGCUAUACUUCAUCCUAAGGCAGAGUUGUUCCCAGGAUAUGCUGAUACAGCGCCUCCUCCUAUGCCAGACUGCUUUACAGCUCCAUUUAUACAUCACUUACACAGUGGUUUCAAUGUUCCUCAACUUGCGGCAAUUCAAUGGGCAGCUGCACAUACUGCAGCUGGGACCUCAGAAGUUAGUAGCAACUCUUCUGGUGGUCAGCCAUGGCCCUUUACGCUUGUACAAGGACCUCCUGGAACAGGAAAGACUCAUACUGUGUGGGGUAUGUUAAACGUUAUUCAUUUAGUUCAAUAUCAGCGCUAUUAUACAGCUCUUUUAAAGAAACUUGCUCCGGGUAGCGUGUCUUCUGAAGAGUCUUCGUUGUCUAAUGGUGGAGAUCAUUACGGUGAUGGUGGAGGGACCAUUGACGAAGUUUUACAGAAAAUGGAUCAUAAUUUAGCGCGGGUUCUUCCAAAAUUGUGUCCCAAGCCACGUAUGUUGGUAUGUGCCCCAUCUAAUGCCGCUACGGAUGAGCUUCUAUCAAGAGUGCUAGAUCGGGGUUUCAUUGAUGGAGAAAUGAAACACUACAAGCCAGAUGUGGCUCGCGUCGGGGUGGAUACAGCUUCACGUGCCGCACAAGCGGUCUCUGUGGAACGCAGGACUGAACAACUCCUGGCUAUGGAGCAACCACAUCUGAUGCGUUGGCUUCAGCAAUUGCGCAACAAGGAGGUCACCCUUGGUCAAACUGUGAUGAGUCUUCAAAAAGAUCUUAUCGAUGCGGCUGCCAUGGCACGAAGUCAGGGUAAUGUGGGAGUUGAUCCGGAGGUUUUGGCAUUCCGUGACCAAAUGCGAGAUGGUAAACUGCAGCAGUUGGCAGCAGUAGUAGAAGAACGGGAUAAAGUAUUGGUGGAAAUGUCACGUCUUUUUAUCAUUGAGGGCAAGUUUAGACCAGGGAGCAAUUUCAGAAAUGAAGAUGCACGAAGAAAACUUGAAGCCAGUUUUGCUAAUGAAGCCGAGAUCGUCUUUACUACCGUUUCCAGUAGUGGGCGGAAAAUUUUCUCUCAACUUUCUCAUGGGUUUGAUAUGGUGGUCAUUGAUGAGGCUGCCCAAGCCAGUGAGGUUGCAGUCCUACCUCCUCUCAGUUUACGAGCAGCCCGAUGUGUCCUUGUUGGCGAUCCCCAGCAGCUUCCAGCGACUGUGAUCAGUCGUGCUGCCGACACAAUGAAGUAUAGUCGUAGUCUGUUCGAGCGCUUCCAGCAAGCGGGGUGUCCAGCUAUACUUCUCUCUGUACAGUAUCGCAUGCAUCCUCAAAUUCGAGAUUUUCCAUCCCGUUAUUUCUAUCAAGGCAGGUUAGUUGAUAGCGAAAGCGUUAAGGCUUUGUCGGAGGAGGUGUACCACAAGGACCCACUUCUGCAGCCUUAUCUUUUCUUUGAUAUAAGUUUGGGUAGAGAAUCACAUGCAGGUUCUGUGUCUUAUCAAAACAAGAUGGAGGCCCAAGUAGCCGUUCACCUCUAUCAACACUUGCAGAAAACACUUGCUGAUGAGGCCGGAGGUGGUCCUCCUGCAAAUGUUUCAGUUGGUAUAAUUACCCCUUACAAGCAGCAGCUGCAGUGUCUGGAGAAGGAGUUUGUCGCCCUCAUUGGAUCAAACGCUGCCAGUAACGGUGUUUACAUCAAUACCGUUGAUGCGUUCCAAGGACAAGAACGUGACGUUAUAAUGAUGUCCUGCGUUCGGGCUUCUAGUUAUGGAGUUGGUUUUGUUGCUGACAUACGACGGAUGAAUGUUGCUCUUACUCGAGCUCGACGGUCGUUGUGGGUGAUAGGGAAUGCCUCAGCUCUUGCACAAUCGGAAGAUUGGGCAGCGUUGUUGGCAGAUGCUAAAGAUAGGAGAUGUUUCGUCAGCUCCACUACCUGUAUCCAGAGAGGACUUCUGCCAGAGCCCGUAGCUGGACCUCCUAUGGGAAGCUCUGGCAUCUUGCACCCUCGUCCUGGCGGUCUCAUGAGUAGAGGUCGUGGCAUGAGUGGUCCUCACGGUGGGCGUCAUUCCUCUUCAGGUCGGCAUCAGUACAACAAUCAUGCUGGGGAGGGGUCCCAUUGGCGGGGUCGAUCGAACAGUGGGGUGCAAGAGAGGGGACCUGAUGGACGAGAACUGUGGCAGCGACCACCCUAUGAUAGAUCAUGUAGAGGACAGCGAGAUGGCCCUCGUGCCCCCGGUUUUGGUCCGCAAUUUCAGCAUCCAAGCCGCAGGAAUAAAGGGUUGUGACAGUACCAUCUGGUUAUCUAGAACUAAAAAACCAAUUGAUGCUGGCUUUUCCUUCUCCACAUGAACUUGCAACCUAGCCUCGUUCAUUGGCUCGAGAUUUACGAUCCGUUGUGCUUGAGGAGAAUUUGCGCUUGGCACACGAUUAUGGCUCUGGUGAAAGAUGCGGUGUCCAUUGACUACAGCAUGCAGUUUUAUUGUAUCAUCAAAUAUUUGAUACAGAUAUUCUGGCAAGGAGCCCUCUGCAGCCAUUUUAAAGCUUCCGAUUCUGGAUGCCAGGAAACCAACUGGGAGAUUAGUUUUCAACCAAGGGUCGCACCAAGCUUUUACAGCGUGAAAUCAGAUGACGCCUAGUUGAGUUGUGCCCUGCAUGAUUAUUGUGGUGCCGUGGAUUGGGAAAUGGAGCAUUGUAAUGCCCAAGAUCCCGGCGAAGGCUACGACAAAGAUUUGUACAAACCAAGUAAAACAACGUUGUCACUACCAAGUUUUGGACAUUCUUGGUAAGUAGUUUGUAAGUAAAUGCCCGAGGUGUAUCACACUAAGCAACUUUGUAGUACUAUGCCGAGAGUGCUUUUAGUGUAGAGCGUCACAGCCUGAAAUGCGUAGUCGAUGGCAGUAAAAUCUUUUUCAUUAGAAUCAGGUUCAGGUGGUUCCAAAUAAAAUACAGAGGUAAACAUUAUGUGGCUCACGGCUAUGCGAUCAACUAGGAAUUCUUAACUCAUGUUGAUCCAUUCUCUUGAUAACCACUCUCAGAGGACAUUCAUUCUGAUCUGUUCCGCAGGCAUUCCUGGUAUUUUCUUUCACACCCUUGAUAAUAUAGGCAACAUAAUUAAUCUUAUACGUUCUUAUUGUAAAGCUUGCCCAUACGGUAAGCUUUUCUAUGUGUAAUUCGGGAUACCAGUUGAUCGCUAAGGUCAAACGUGUUUCUGACCUACAUUACUGAUGUUUGUAUUAUAUCCUCAAAUAGUAGGUGUAGAGUUAGCACUUGAUAUGGAAGCGAUGAUGUGUAGACCAUUGUAUAUUUUAUACUAGCAAAAGAUAGAUAUAUGUGAUAACAACUUUAGUUCCAUACCAUCGUGUAACCAAUUGGUUACUUAUUCAAUGCUGUUUGUCACAAAUGUCUUUUGGAUAAUACAAUGAAAAACUUUGGCAUUUGUCAAUUUUCCAACUCA